AUGUCUGGGACGCCAAAGCGGCGCAAGCUCUACUUGGAGCCGUUCUUCGACGGAGCCGACCUACCGAGGUCGACAGAGCACCGGUCUCUUUGUGCCGAGCGAUCCAACACACAAACGAAACCUGACGACAGUGGAGUGUCGACCGUACCUGCGGGCAAUGGGCCGCCCGGCCCCGGAAAUUCUUCACUGAGCAACAGUGAUUUAGACGAGGGAGACGAAUGUGAGGAGUCUGGCACACAGGUGGCAGAUGAGCAAGUCUGCGAAGGUUCUGCAAAUGAGCAAGACUGCGAAGGUUCUGGCAGUCGCGGAGCUCCUCCCGACUCUGAAUUUUCUGCGCAAGACUUAGUCACGCUGGUGAUGGACUUCGCCGUCACAUCUGGAAUGUCGUGGACGCUAGUAGAGAAACUGAUGAAGUUCGUUGGCUUUAUCCAGAAGAGAGAUGACCUUCCCGAUACGAAGUUCUUAUUUAAGAAAUUCGCGGGGAUUUCGCUGGAGUCUUCAACCUUCCACUUUUACUGUCCACACAGCAUGCUUCUUCUGGGGGAAUCUGCAGGAGACCUCACGGAGAGAAAGCAAGUUGAGGCAACAUGCGCGCAGUGUGGUCAAAAGUACACCGGAGAAGAGCGGACGAGAGAAGGCCAUUUUUUUGUCAGCCUUCCGUUGGAGCGGCAGCUCACUUCAAUGCUCGCAUCUGAAGAAGUAGCCAGGUCGCUGAAGUCCUCCCUGCAGAAGCUAUCAGAUCGUUGUGACCCAACUGCUAUGGGUGAUAUUACGGAUGGAGCUUUCUACAGAAAGCAACGAGAGGAGCUCAACCUCAAGAAGAUGGACGUGACGAUGACAGUGAACUCGGACGGCAGUCCCCCCGCAGGGGGCACCUGUUAA